GAACUCAGAAGUUCUAAGCAGCAGUUGCCCAAUGUCUGGUUAGUUGCCCCCGCCCCCUGCAAUGAGGAAGUGCCGGAAAGUUUCAUUUUCAAGCCUGUGACUUGCUUCCCGGCAGCAGGAAGGGGCUAAGGCUGUGGUUACCUAUGGCUGAUAAACUCUACAAAAACCCACUUAAGGCUUUGGAAUCUAUCGGGAAAGACAUCUUAGUUGAAGUUUUGGAUGGAUUGGUGAAAAAAGAUGUUCUGAAAUUGGAGGAAACUGACAAGAAAAAAUUCAAUGACGCCAAACCUGGAGACAAGGCCCGGGUUUUAGUGGACGCUGUGCGAGGGAAACAACAUGAAGCAGGUCAAGUCCUUGUCCAAACCUUCCUUAACACAAACAAAAAUUCCAUCAGCACAAAAGAUCCUGCAGCUCCUGCAGAAGUGACUGGGCCAGCUGAGUCAGCAGAAACUACAGAUACCCUCAAGCUUUGUCCUCCUGAAGAUUUCCUGAAAAUGUGUCAAGAAAAGGCUGGAGAGAUCUAUCCAAUAAAGGAGAGAAAAGACCGCACUCGCCUGGCUCUCAUCAUAUGCAAUAGAGAGUUUGAUCACCUUCAGCCCAGGAAAGGGGCUGACCUUGACAUCACAGGGAUGAAAGAGUUGCUUGUGAGCCUUGGCUACAGUGUGAUUGUGGAAGAGAAACUCACAGCCAAGGAGAUGGAGAAAGUGCUGGUGGAAUUUGCUGCCCGCCCAGAGCACAGGACCUCAGAUAGUACAUUCCUGGUGUUCAUGUCCCAUGGCCUGCUGGAUAGACUCUGUGGGACUCAGCACAGCAAGGAAAACCCAGAUGUGCUACCUUAUGACACCAUCUUUCGGAUAUUCAACAAUCGCAACUGCCCCAGUCUCAAGGACAAACCUAAGGUCAUCAUUGUCCAGGCCUGCAGAGGUGAAAAUCGCGGGGAAUUGUGGGUCAGUGACUCUCCAGCAGCCAUGACAGACAGCUCUUCACAGUCACCUGAGAACCUGGAGGAGGAUGCUGUUUACAAAGCACACGUGGAGAAUUCCGCAGGACUAACCUUGGACGUUGAAGGCAGAGCAUUUUUGAGAGCCAGUUCUCAGGAAUUGACUCUAGGAGAUCAGUUAAUAUCUGCAGAUCUGAAACUCAAAAAGAAGAGUGAACUUUGA